AUGAUUUUACCUAUUUCUAUUAAUCCUAAAGAAGAUAAAGUGUAGCAUGAUUAGGGUAGUAAAUUGUUUAAAAAUGAUAUUUAGGUGAUGAAUUAUCAGAUUUGAAGCUACAUCAAGAAGCAUCUUAGAAUGAAGCAAUUACUAUGUACCCAAGCAAUGUUGAUGCAAAGAUUGGUAAGGGUAAUUUAUUGUUAAAUGUCAACAUUUAGGUAUUGCAUUAGCAGAUUUGAAAUAGUGCUAAGAAGUAAUUUAAUGCUAUGAUGAACCAAUGCUUAUUAGCCCUGAAUAAGUUGAUGUAUGGAAUAGCAAAGGUAAUUUAUUGUUGAAUAUUAUAUUAUCUAGGUGAUGCAUUAUAUAAUUUGAAUCAAUGCUAAGAAGCAAUUGAAUGUUAUAAUUAAGCAAUAUCUAUAAAUCCUAAAUAUGCUUAUUUAUGGUAUAAUAAAGGUAAUUAAUUGUUAAAUAUUUAUAUAUAUAUAGGUAAUGCAUUAACCAAAUUGAAUCAAUAUCAAGAAGCAAUUAAUUGUUACGACAAAGCUAUUUCUAUUAAUCCGAAAUAUGAUCCUGCAUAAAAUGGAAAGGGUAGUUAAUUGUUUAAUAGGAAUAUUUAGGUUAUGCAUUAAAAAAAUUGAAUCAAAAUCAAGAUGCAAUUUCAUGUUUCGAUGCAGCUGUUUCAAUUAACCCUAAAUUUGAUAGUGCAUGGUGUAACAAAGGUAAUUACUAAUUAAAUAUUAAUAUUUAGGUGAUGCUUUAUAUAAUUUGAAUCAAUAUGAAGAAGCAAUUAAAUGUUAAUGCAAAGCAAUAUAUAUUAACCCUAAAUAUUUUGCUGCAUGGUAUAACAAGGGUAAUUUGGUGUUAUAUAUUAUUAUUUAGGUGGUGCAUUAUAAAAAUUGAAUCAAUAUCAAGAAGCUAUUGAAUGUUACAAUGAAGCAAUAUCUAUUAACUCUAAAUAUGAUUAUGUCUGGUGUGGCAAAGGUAAUUAAUAAUUAAAUAUUUAUAUUUAGGUGAUGCAUUACAAAAAUUGAAUCAAUAUGAAGAAGCUAUUGAAUGUUACAAUGAAGCAUUAUCUAUUAACCCGAAAGAUGUUGAUAUAUGGAAUGGCAAGGGUAAUCUAUCAUUUAUUAUUACUACAUAGGUAAUGCAUUAUACAAUUUGAAUCAAUUUGAAGAAGCGAUUGAAUGUUACAAUAAAGCAUUAUCUAUUAACCCUAAAUAUGUUCAUGCACUGAAUUAUAAGGGUAAUUAAUUGAUAAAUUAUAAUAUUUAGGUCUCACAUUAUACAAGUUGAAUUAAUAUGAAGAAGCUAUUGAAUGUUACAAUGAAGUAUUAUCUAUUAACCCUAAAUAUGAUUAUGUAUGGUGCAACAAAGGUAAUUAAUAAUUAAAUAUUAAUAUUUAGGUCUUGCAUUAUACAAUUUGAAUCAAUAUGAAGAGGCUAUUGAAUGUUACAAUGAAGCAAUAUCUAUUAACCCUAAAUAUGUCAAUGCGUGGAAUGGCAAGGGUAAAUAAUUGUUAAAUUUCAAUAUUUAGGUCUCUCAUUAUUCAAUUUAGAUCUAUACUAAGAAUCAAUUGAAUGUUACGAUGAAGCAAUAUCUAUUAACGCUAAAUAUCUUAAUGCAUGGAAUGGCAAGGGUAAUCUAUCAUUUAUUAUUACUACAUAGGUAAUGCAUUAUUCAAUUUGAAUCAAUAUGAAGAAGCGAUUGAAUGUUACAAUGAAGCAUUAUCUAUUAACCCCAAAGAUGUUGAUGCAUGGUAUAACAAGGGUAAUCUAUUAAUAAAUAUUAUUAUAUAGGUAACACAUUACAAAAAUUGAAUCAAUAUGAAGAAGCUAUUGAAUGUUAUAAUGAAGCAAUAUCUAUUAACCCUAAAUUUGAUUAAGCAAUUUACAAUAAAGGUAAUGAUAUUUGUUAUUCAGGUUUAAUCCUACAAAAAUUAUAGAAACAUUUGGAUGCACUCUCAAAUUUUGAACAAGCACUUAAAAUAAAUCCUACUGCUCAUAGAUUAGAAUAUACAGGUAAAUUAAUCUUUAAUUUCUAUUUAGCUGAUUCAUUAAUUGAAUUACGUAGAAGUUCAGAAGCUAAAUACUUUUAUUUUGCUGCAUAGGAAAUGGGUUUGGGUUAGAAUGCUUACAUAAAAAGCUAACUAUCAAAGUUAUGA